AUGCUCUUCCAGACCAACGACAUCCGCGAGGCCAGCGUGGCCGAGGACGUGGAGUGGUACCAGGCGCUGGUCCGCAGCCUGGCCGAGGGGCACCCGUGGGUGCGCAGGGCGGUGCUGGCCCUCGACGCCCACCCGCUGGCCCCCAAGCCCCGGCUGAUGCUGCAGGCCACCAAGGGGGACGGGCAGAUCCUGCUGCAGGACGUGUCCAACUCCGCUCCCAGCCUGGGCAACCUCAGCUGGGACAACGAGUGGUUCAACGCCCUCAAGUCGCAGCGGGUCCCGGCGCUCCGCAAGCGGGUGCUCAGCAAUGAUCUGCGCAGCCUGGAGACCCCCAAGUGGCAGCGGGGGGACAGCUACGUGGGGGACGCGGGCCACGUGCGCUGGUCCCCGCCGUUCCUGGAGUGCCGCGAGGGCCGCUUCCUGCCCACCUGGGCCGUCACGCUCUCCUCCGCCUUCUACGGGCUCAAGCCCGACCUCAGCCCCGAGUUCAAGUAA